AUGGUUAAAAAUAAUUCUGAAAAGCAAAACUUUAAAAAAUAUCUCCAAGAAAUUGAGAAACCUAAUUAUGAUGGAAAAGACAUCUCCCAAGCCCUGCCGGCUAAUGCUUCGCCCAUUGACAAAGCCAAAUAUCAGAUUUGCGAGAAAAUAUUAUCCUAUCAGCAAGAUAAUAAUUUGCCCAUUGAAGAAGUGGCUCACAAAAUCCAAUUAACUACGGCCGAAACCAAAGAUAUUUUUCAUUAUCACUUGAACCUUUUUACUUUGGAAAGAUUAAUUACAUAUGCCAAUCGUUUAUUAUCUCCCCGGGAAAUAGAAGAAUUUGAACCAACAAAUUUAAGUGGAGUAGCGUUUAGAGCAGCAGGAAUAAAAUACUUAGGAGUAGGCGGUCAAGUUAGUAAUUCAUUAAUCAGUUGUAAGGAUUUUAGUGGCGAACUUAAAGUUUUAAGUGGCACCGCCGGAGGUGAAAUCAAUUCUAGCAGUAUCAAGGGUAAAUUAAGUGCUGAUUUGCUUAAUAUUAAGACAGAUGGAAUUCAAAUGAGGGCCGGAAUUUCUGCUGAUACAGGAAUAUCUCUCGAAGAUGGUUUUGAGGCUAAAUUAGCCGGUUUUGGUUUCAGUGUUGGAAAGCAAACUGGAAUAAGCACUCCGCUUGGAGAGAUAAAAAAUAAGAUUAAAGAGAUAAAUUGGCGAUGGGUAAAUUAA